AGUUAGUUGUCUACAAGCCUAGUAACAUGACUUCCCCUUUGUUUCAGAGCCCAUGUUAUUGGGACAUGUUGCAGGAGCAUGACCCUUAUUCAUCAGAAGUUUUGUUCGAUUCAAUGUCAAGCACUAAUGCUGUUCUUGACCCUAUCCACGAUUCUCUUUCCUUCGAUAUGGUUGACUUCUCCACAGCACCAACAACAGAAGGAAACCACAACGAUGAGGCAAAGCAAUUGGUGGUGAAAUCUGAAGGGCAGAAUAAGGAAAGGUCUUACAUUGGUGUGAGAAAAAGGCCUUGGGGAAAAUUUGCAGCAGAGAUCAGAGACACAACGAGGAAUGGCACUAGGGUUUGGCUUGGAACCUUUGACACUGCAGAGGCUGCUGCUUUGGCUUAUGACCAAGCUGCAUUUUCCAUGAGAGGCCAAAGUGCUGUACUCAAUUUUCCAGUCAAAAGGGUCAAAGAGUCUUUGCAAGAGAUCCAAUAUAGCUGCUUCUUCAAUGGAUCUUCUUCUCCCGCACUUGCACUCAAAGAGAGGCACUGCAUCCAAAGAAAAUUGUCAUCAAAAGGUAAAAAGUGUAAAGGGAAAGAGACAUCAGAAAGUGUGGUUGUGUUAGAAGAUUUGGGAGUUGACUAUCUAGAGCAACUUCUAAGCUUAUCUGAUCAAAGUGAAAGCCCUAGCUACUUCAACUAUUAAACAUGCUUCACUAUUUUUUCUUGCUGUUUAUGGCUUUUUUACACCAUCAAUUUCUAGCUAGCUAGGGCGAGUGUAUGUAUUAUGGUUUCUCUGAAUAUACAAGCCCAGCUCCAUAAAUUUGAUUCUGUGAUGAU